UUGGUUGUUCCCUCUGCCUGCGACUGCGAGUCGAACGACGGCGAGGUGACCUCCCAACAUUCCUUCGCCGGAGGCGGCGGCGGCACGGGGGGUUUGCCCCCUGCGACUGCGAGUGAGAUAGCAGAGCUCCCCGACUCCGAUGCCCUCCGCCGCCGCCGCCGAUUCGCCCCCUGCGACAGCGAGUGAGAUAGCAGAGCUCCCCGAUGUCCCCGUCGAGAUCGUCAGCGACGAGGAGAUGGCGAUCAUCGAGGCCGCGCUCUCCGCCGCCGCCGCAGCUGCACGGCCGGUCGUCUUCUCCGCCGCCCGCCGCGCCGUCUCGCUCUCCUGCGCGGCCUACAAGUUCGCCGCUUCCUCCGGCGGCGACAUCGAGGACUCGCCCCCGCCCCCUCCGCCGCGGGGGUCGCUGCUCGCGCGGUUCCGCGACCGCCGCGCGCUCGCCGUCACCGACAUCACCGCCACGGAAUGGUGCGAGAAGCAGAUGGAGUUCGUGCUCGAGCACGGCAGGCCGGAAAGGACUCAGGCCAUGAAGGCCGGCUCCGAGCGCCAUGCGCAGCUCGAGCAAGAGGUUAUUGAGAGAGCAGAUGUCACAGUUAGAUCCUUGGAAGAAUUGUGGGCAGUGAAAUUCAUGAACUUCAUCAUGGGAGCAAACCAGUUAAUGUUGGAGGGCAUCACUCGGGAACUCCCCGUGAUUGGGCUCGUUGAAGGUUCAUGGAUGACAGGUGUUAUUGAUGAACUCCGAAUGCCUCCGGAUGCCAUUUCACUUCAUCCUAUCCUGGUGGAUACAAAGACACGUUUCAAGCCAACAGUUCCCUCAGAAGCACAAAAAAGAAACGGAAGGCUCCAGGUGAUGUGUUACAAGUAUUUAUGGGACAAUUUGAUUGGUGAAAAAUUUCCAGCAGAUAAUUUCUUCAGCUAUUUUGACCUGGACCCCAGUUACUUGUUAUCAGAUGACAUCAAGCAAUUCAUCAGGUUCUCAGGAUUGAAUGCAAAGACCUUUGAAGAUGUCGUGAAAUAUUUCAAGGUCACCUGCCAUACGUUAGCACGGUCUCAGGAACAGCUGCUUUUGAGAUAUGAACUACAAGCAGAUAAUUCCCUUCUUGAAGAAUACCAGUUCUCUUAUGAUGCUGGGUGGUUCAAGGAUCAAAUUCAGGAAGUUCUCAGCUUCUGGCGAGGAUCUCGGGAGCCUAGGUAUGUGAGUGAAGAAGAGAGGUGGAAAUGCAGUUUCUGCAAAUUUGCAAAUAAUUGCCCUUUGAAUGCUUCCACAUCAAGGUGUUGCUGACUAAUGUAGCACUCAAGAUUGCUAUAGGUCAAAGUUUGGUGAGAUUUUUUUACACCUGACUGGAGAACCAAUCGUAGUGAUGAAUUUGAACAUUUGAAGCGCCUUACGUUCAUUCCUUCAUUUCUUCUUUUUAUUAUUUGAUGGUGAAGUGUAGGUCAAUGUAAGAAUUCACUCUAUGCAGCUGCAAUAUUGUAACUUACAUGCUGAUCAGGUUAUUAUAAAAAGAAUCAUUUUCUUGUAUGAGUUCACUUCAUGGAAUUUGCUUUUGUGGA